AUGGUUAAAUGUCUGUCCAGUUCUUGUGAUAUAUGUGAGAUGGAAAAAACAAUACUCCCCGGCUGGAAGACGCUUAUAGGAAGCGAGUUUGAGAAGGAGUACUUCAGUAAGAUCCGCGAGUAUCUGCAUACCAUUGAUUUUUUCCCGAAGCCUGCACACAUUCUGCGCUGUCUAUCGUUCUUUGAGUACUCUGACGUAAAGGUGGUUAUACUAGGCCAAGAUCCGUACCACGGGCCAGGCCAGGCCGUUGGACUGUCCUUCUCAGUGCCUUCAGAUAUACGCAUGCCUCCAAGCUUAAUUAAUAUCCGUAAAGAAAUCCUCAGCUCUACUGGAACAGGCUCUAAAUGCGAAAAGGGCUCUCUUGUGUCGUGGGCUGAACAAGGGGUUCUUCUGCUAAACAGCAUUCUCACAGUCACUCAGAAGAAGCCUCGAUCACACUCCUCUAUUGGUUGGAUGUCAUUUACCGACACAAUUAUUAAAAAAGUCAGUGACUCCUCAAAAGAGGUUGUUUUUAUGCUAUGGGGGAAAGAUGCACAGCGCAAACAGUCGCUGAUUGACGAAAGCAAGCAUCUUGUUCUGUGCUCUCCGCACCCAAGCCCGUUCAGCGCAAGAACAGGAUUCUUUGGAUGCAACCACUUCCAGAAAGCAAAUGAGUAUCUGGAGUCAAAGGGAAAGGACCCCAUAGCUUGGUAA